AGUUGUCUUAUUGAUGAGAUAGUUUGUAUUUAUCUGUGAAUUGUUAAUCAUUUUUUCACUUUUAUUAAGGAAUUAAUUUAUUUGUAAACUAUGGGUGAAAACGUUAAAGUGGAAGAGAUUCCGGAAUCUUUGAUUGAUGAUCUAGAUGAAUUUUCUUUGAGCAAAAAGAAAAAGAAAUCUAAAAAAAAAGCUUUCAAUAUCGAUGAUUUUGAAAAGACUUAUUCUUCAUCUUCAGCAGUGAUUGGUGAUGGUGAAGGUUCUGGUGAACAGGUUGUUUCAAAUGAUUCAGGAAUCGUUACCGGUGGUGGUGGUGGUGGUGAAGGUGUUGAUACUGAGGCUGUCGAUGAAGAUGAUGAUUUUGAAUUGAAUCUUCCUAAAACCAAACCUAAAAAGAUUAAAUUUGUGGACGAUGAUUUAUUAAACGAUGGUGAUCAGGGUGAUAAAGAUGAACCUGGGGUUUAUAUUGAAGAAAAUUCGGCUCGAGAUGCUGUUGGUAUCACUGCUUCGGUUGACGCUUCUUGGGCCAAUACAGAUCGUGAUUAUCUAUAUGAAGAGCUAUUAGCUAGAGCUUUUUACAUUAUCAAGGAGAAAAAUCCUGACAUUAUUUCCGGAGAAAAGAAAAGACUUGUCAUGAGGCCUCCUCAAAUAUUAAGAGUGGGUACUAAGAAGACUUCUUUUGCCAAUUUCCUGGAUAUUUGUAAAUCUUUACACCGUCAACCAAAACAUCUUCAAGCUUUCUUAUUAGCUGAAUUAGGAACCAGUGGAUCUGUCGAUGCGAACAAUCAAUUGAUUAUUAAAGGUCGUUUCCAACAAAAACAAAUUGAAAAUGUGCUUAGGAGAUAUAUAAAGGAAUAUGUUGCUUGUCAAACAUGUAGAUCACCUGAUACCGUCUUACAAAAAGACACUAGAUUAUUUUUCCUUCAAUGUGAAACUUGCGGAAGUAGACGAUCAGUUACAUCAAUUAAAAGUGGUUUCCAAGCCGUUACAGGCAAAAGAGCUGCUAUACGUGCUAAAACUGCUUAAAUUUACUCACCAAUAUAUUUGGAUGGAAACGAUUUCACACUUUAUGUUAAACUUGAAUGAAAAUUGGAGUUUACUUGUUAUUUUUGUUAAUGUCAAAGCAAACAAUUUACUUGUCAAAUUAAAUGCAAGAAAUCUGGAAUUAAAACUUGCUUUAAUCACGUAAAUUUUGAAACACGACGGCCCAAUUUAGAAUCCAAUUAUUAUUUUCUGACCAUUUUGUGAUUUAACUGUGUCUCUGUAUUCACAGAAAAUGAAUACACAACACCAAAUGAUACCACAUUAUCUAUCUCAUCACAUUUAUAUAAUCCUAGAAUAAUUAAAUGUAAAUAAAUCACUUUUAAACAACAAUCAACAA